GCACUGCUUGUGUUACACAUGUUACAGUUAUUCGUGGAAGUCAUACAGGGAACGCUAUAAAUCAAGAAACAGGUCAAAAGAUUGGGAAAAUGUGCCCAACUAUUCAACGAAAUGUAACGUAGCCUACAAACCUCCUCAGGAAAGUGAAACACUCCGCUCUUAUCUUGUUUUUCUCAACCUUGCAUCACCUCCAUUUCGGCUAAUUCCUUGUUCCCAGCAGAGAAACACUGGACCGGAUCAGACUUUAUCCUGGUUUCCCUUCAGGAACUGGGACAUGCUGCACGGAUCAGACCUGUGAAACUUCUCCUCAACUAAAGUAACAGCAACAGAAAAAUAAAACAGGACUUUAAAAACGUCCUAUUUUACGUUGUAUUUUAAUCGUUUUGUGGCUACACUUCACACAAUUCACGAGAGGAGUAAACUGAAGGUGCCCCGUUGGUCAAUUUCACUCAGCGAGGACAACACACGCCGAGAUCGAGAAAAGUGUGUUCCACUUGAUCAGAGAGAGAUUUGCUCCUCAGGAAUGCUGAUGCGGAAAACACCAAAUCCUGCUCGGUGUUAAUACCUCUGAUUUGCUUAUGAUAACAACAAGCUUUCUGAUUGGUUAGAGCGUUGAGUGACAGCUAGAGGUUUGUCAGGAUGGGCAGGAAGUUGGAUCUGUCUGGGCUGACGGACAACGAGGCGGAGCACGUGCUGCAGGUGGUGCAGAGAGACAUGAGGCUGCGCAAGAAGGAGGAGGAGCGCCUCAGUGAUCUGAAGCAGGAGCUGGAUGAGGAGGGCAGUCGCUGCCUCCUGCUCUCACGGCAGAGCUGCUUCAACCAGCGCUGCUGCAUCCGCUGCUGCUCGCCCUUCAACUUCCUCCUCAACCCCAAGCGCCCUUGCCUCGACUGCCACUUCAACGUCUGCAAGGCCUGCCGCGUCUACAGCAAGCGAGACAAAACCUGGCUCUGCUCCGCCUGCCAGAAGAGCAGGUUGUUGAAGACACAGUCACUGGAGUGGUUCUACACUAAUGUGAAGACGCGCUUCAAGAGGUUCGGCAGCGCCAAAGUGCUGAAGACUCUUUACAGGAAGCACCUGGUGGAGCACAGCGCCCUUUCAGAGUUUACAGAGGGCAGCGGCUACGAGGAGAGUAUCUGCAAUGAGGGAAGCAUCAGUGGGAGCGACUCAGCCUUCUACAGACAAAUUGAAGAGCACAGCAUGGCAGAGACCCUCACUGUGGCCUUGCGGGUGGCAGAGGAGGCGAUAGACGAGGCCAUUUCCAAGGCUGAGUUCGAUACUGCCAGCCAGGAGAAGCAGAAUGAGGCUCUGUACCUGCGGGAACACAGAGGACAGCUCGUUGAGGAACUGUCCAAAACUAUUGUGCAGAAAAUUAUUAGUAGGAGAAACACUUUGGCUGAGAUGAGGGCAGAAUAUGACCAGGUUUGGCCAAUUGAAAACAACACUGACCACCUUCAUCAUCAUCAUCAUCCUCAUCAUCCUGACUGUGAUCAAGCCUCCAGCUCCAUUGAACACCAACCAGGCCUCUGGAGGUCACACUCUGCUUUCUCCCUGCUGGACAAUAAUCCUGCCGGUCGAAUACAAAGCACUCAAACGCUGAAGAAGAAGGAGGGAGGCACGCUGCCGACCUGGAAAAGUGUCGACCGGCUGGACAACGCUGCGGUGUCGUCGGUGUCCCGCCCCGGCCUGCUGACGAAGAGGAAGAGCCCGUUCUUCAGCGCCCUGGAGAGGGAGGCUGAAGUCGUGUCCGCCUACGAGGGAGUGAGCUCCGAUAACGAAACCAAAGCCGACAGCUCGUGGGGCGGCGUCCUGCAGGAGAUCCACAGGAAGAUGGCCGACUCUAACUUCAACCUGCAGGACGGGAUCCCCUUCCAGCUGCCGGGCAGCAGAGACGAGCUGUUCUCCGACUCGGAGGGCGAGAGGAAGCCCAGAUCUCUGCUGGCGCUCUUUAAGAGGAAGGUGCCCACUGAGAUCAGGAAACCGGCAUCCUCCAGGGGGACGAGCAUCAUCGACGUGAACUUUAACGUGGAGGGAAAUGGAGAGGAAGAGGAGAGAGAGGUGGCUGCAGAGCCAGAAGUUCUGAAAGUGAGGAGAUCCCGGAAGAAAAGGAGGAGUAAAAAAAAGUUGUCUUCUUCUGUGCGGUCACAGGAAGACAUCGAGGAAGACGACCAUUACCAACAAACAUAUGAGGCUGCGACCCCGGACACUUUGACCUCUGGAGCCUCGACCCCUGAGUCUGAUGACCUUGAGAGUGACAUCACAGGAAGUGGAGCCAAUCAGACGGAGCAAGAGCUCACGUCACAACCGCAAUUUUCUCAGUCCUCCAGCGGAGAAGAAGAGGGAGAAGAGGCUGAGGAUGGAGGAGCGAGAGAUGCUAGCGAUGAUGAACACAGGAAGGAAGAGAGACAAGAAAGCCAGGACGGAUAUGAGGAAGAUGAGGGUCUUUGGAGGAUGGAGAUCGACCCUGAAGAAGGAAGAACAGAGGAAGGGGAUGAUGAGGAGAUGGAAAGCAGAUUGUACAGACUCGUCGCACACUCCAGACGAACAUACUUCUCUUCAACGGAUGACGAUUUAGACAAAGUUGGCCAGAGUGACGCGGAGUGUGACGAAGACAAGGAUGAAGACGUGGAGGAGGAGAAGGUGGGGAGACUAAACUCAAAACUCUGUGAGCUAGAGAAAGAAGUCCGGGCCAACCAGUUCUCCUCCACAGAGGACGAGCUGGACAGAGCUGGAGUCAUGGAUGAAGAAGAAGAGAAGAAGGAGGAGGAGGAGGAGCUGACGGUGAAAGUGUGCAGAUUAGUCAACCAAGCCAACGCGACCUUGUUCUCUUCCACGGAGGAUGAGUUAGACCGAGUAGGAAGAGGCGAAGAGGCGGAGGAAGCGAUGGCUGAGGAGACGUUGUGGAAGAUGCAGCAGGAACAUCUGGACGUCCAGAACACUCGACUCAGAGAUUUGGCCAGCCUGGUCAGCGCCUCUCAGUUCUCUUCCUCUGAGGAUGAGCUGGAGAGAGUUGGAGAGACGGAGGAGGAAGCAAAUGAAGAAGGAAUUGAGAGGGAAGAGAUUGUGGGAGACCUGAGAGAGUCAUUUGAAGAUUUAGACGUGGACAUGUUUGAUGUAAUGGGUGAACAUGAGGAAAGAAAGACAGAGAGCAGUGAUGAAGACGUUUGCAUGCAGGAGAGAGUACCAGCUGAGGACAUAUGUGACGAAAAAGUAGACAUUUUGGAAGAGGAGGCGGUUAAAAAAGCACAGGGCACAGAGAGGAGACAAGAGAUGGAGUUUGAAACAGUCAUACAAGCUGAGAAAACAGAGGAGGUCAUCUUAAACAAGGCAAAAGUCCAACAAGUGGAUGAAAAGGUGGCAAAGCUUCAAGACAAAGAGGAAGUAGAAGAGAAACAAGAAGAGGGUCAGGACGCAGAAACAGACAGCGAUGUGGACGACGCAGAGUUCGAGAGGAUCAUCAGCAGCAUGUUGAUGAUGACUUUGGAAGACAUGCAGGUCGGGACAUUAGAGGAAGAAGCUACGGAAAAUAGGAGCGAAAAUAUAGAAACGGAGGAUACAGAUGAGAGUGCAACAGUUGGGGGAUUCGAGGACAGCGCUGUCGAUGCACGAAGCACAAAGGUAUCAGAGGAGACAGGAAAGGUGUCGCAGAGUCGAGGCGACGUCAAAGGAAACGAGCAAAUUGGGGGAGACAUUUCCAGGAAAAAGGAGAAUGAAAAUGCUACAGGCGGGAAUGAGAAUGAGGGGGAAGACACAGAUGUACAAGAAGGACACGUAAAUGCAGCCAUGGAAGAGACACCUGAGGUCAAACAGACAUGUGAGAGAAUAGAAGUGGGUGAUGAGGAACAAGACGGAAGAAGAGGAGCAGUCCUGGAGGAGGGGACAACAAUGGAGACACAGGGGGAUCGUGAAGUUAAAGAAACAGAUGAGAGACGUGAAGAAACCAAAGAAAGUGUGGAGGACAUGGAGCAGAGCAGCACGUCUACUCCUCACGGUUUACUCUCACCUGAGGAGAUUCAAAAUAGGUACUCGGCGGUGUCUCUACGCAGCAUCACCACGGAGGUCCUGAAGGUUUUGAAUGCCACUGAGGAGCUACUGCUGCAGGGGGGGGGAGGAGACGGCCCCCCACCCUGCACCCCGCUGCCCCCCCACACCGACCCCAAGAAACUGGACCAGCAGUUCUCCAGACUGGAGGAGAACGUGUACGUGGCGGCUGGAGAGGUGUUCAGUCUGGAGGCGGAGCUUGGAGACCUGGAGGAGGUCGCCCGCGGCGUCUGCAGCGACACGCCCGGCCUGGAGCUCAGCUUCCUGGAGGAGCAGGUCGCCUCGGCCGCCGCCAGGGUGCAGCAGUCUGAGCUGCAGAUUUCUGACAUCUCAGCUAGAAUUGCUGCUCUGAAGAGUGCGGGCCUGAAUGUGGACACACAGCAGGCCCGCUUCACCAAGACCCGGACCGUUCCAUUUAUGCCGGUCACUGUGGACUCAUCGAGGCAGCAGAGGAGGAGACUUCCUGCUCCACCUGUCAAAGAGGAAAACUAAGUCUCUGAGCGAGACCUCAGCAGUGCCUUCGCCUGCUCCUGCAGGACAGCGUGCCUUCAUUUAUUUCAUUUAGACUAACAUGCCUCAAAUGACACAGGAUCAGCGCUGUGUGUCUCUGAAACAUGUACAUCUACCGUAUAACAUUUGAGUUAAUCUGGUGAAAAGGAGAGGGUUAACCCUUCAGCUCUGCAGAAAAUCACUAACAUUUGUCUUUUAAAACUCUUUUAUUUCCACAAAGUGGGAUAAAACUGAAAUGAUUACACUAGUGUAUUACAGCAGAGGACACGAAAUCUUGUUUUAAUGAAAAUAUUUUAUUUAGAUUCAUUUUUAACAUCAGUAGUAGUCCAUUUACCAUGCUGAUGAAAACAGCUAUACAAACAUUGUAUAAUGACCGAAAAGACACUGAAGUGAUCGUCUAAAACCUGCAUUUACACCAUUUUUACCGUUAUACCAUAAAUAUGGGUACAUAUACAUGGGAAAUAAUGUAGACAAGUAUUGCUGCUAGACUGUAUCAUGUGUAAAAUAAAUAUAGAUAUGUAUGUUUGAAAUGUUGUAAUGUACAGCAAACCAAUCAGUAUGUUGUUUUCUGCCUCUAUUACUUAGUUCAGAAAAUAAAGUAAACUCUAAAAAGA